UUUUCUUUACAUAUAUCAAUUUCGUUUUUUGUCAUACGUUUUUAAACACUUUUGUAAUAAACCACACCCAUUUACGAUUGAGUUACAAAACCUCCCAAAUUUCUCAGUCAAGUCAGUUCGGGAAUUUAAAGGCCAAUCCCAAAACAUCAAACUGUGAGCCAUGGGAAAGAGAUCACAGAAGAGCAGCGUCCUUAUGGUCUGCGUGGGUAAUAUGCAAAUGGACGGCACACGCAGGCAACCUUUGCCGCUCCCCAAUUGCCGAGGCUGUUAUGAUGGACGUACUGAAAAGGGCGGGGCUUCAGGGGGAGUGGCAUGUGGAUAGCGCAGGGAUCGAAGGAUGGCACUGCGACAGGAGACCGGAUGAGCGAGCCCUGAAUGUGCUGGCCAGGCACAACAUCGACUACAAUGGCAGAGCGAGGGUGCUGAUUCCGGAGGACUUUCUCAUGUUCGAUUAUAUCUUCGGCAUGGAUCGCAGCAAUUUGGCCGAACUGAAGCGAAUGACUCCGGAUUAUGCCACGGCCAAAGUACUCCUUUUGGGCGAUUUUGGUCUAAAGCCGGAUGAACGCAUUAUUGAAGAUCCCUAUUACAAUGUGGGCGAAGCACCAUUUGAGAAAAUUUACCAGCAGUGUAACAUUGCCUGCCAUCAUUUCCUGAAGCAAGCGCUCCGGAAUCAGAUUAUGUAAAUCAGACCCAAGCGACCGCCU